CUGUGUGUGUGAAGCAGGAUGGAGGGAUCCAAGUGUCCACCGGUGAUCGUGGAGGGGGACUGGACUCCGGCUCAGACCAAAGCCCUGAAGAACAAACUGCAAAUUUACUUCAUGAGCAGGAAGAAGUCGGGCGGGGGAGACUGCCAGGUGGAGGCGGAGGAAGGAGCACCGAGGGCGGCUGUUUACUUCAACUCAGUGGAGGUGAGAGAACGAGUCCUUGCGAGGAAGGAUCAUGUGAUCACCCUGGACAGUCAAACCAUUCAGUUAUGGCUGAGCUCAGCAGCAAGCCCAACAUGCAGUGACGAUGUCUCAGACUCAUCGAUGGACACAAAGAAACCUCAGGCUGAACCUGGAAAUGGAGCUGCUGCUGCCAGCAAAGAGGACUCAGAGUCGUCUCAGAGCUGUGCAGUGGUUUUGGAAAACGUCACAGACAACAUGUCCACAGACCUGCUCUCCAUGCUGGUGGAGAACAUCUCUAGGUUGGAUGAGAACGGCUACAGCAUGGAGAGGAUCCUGGAAUCCAACAAAGCUGUGGUCACCUUCAGCAGCCCUGCAGAUGUGGAGCGAUUCCUCUCUGUAAGCCAGACCAGCACAAAGAUGAAGAAACAAGGACUGACUGUUCGGCCUUUGGAGGCAGCUACGAACAUCCGAGUGCAGAGUCCUCCUUUGACUGUGGUAAAAGACUCAGAGUCUCCUCAGAGCACUGCAGUGGUGUUGGAAAAUGUCACAGACAACAUGUCCACAGAUCUGCUCUCCAUGCUGGUGGAGAUCAUCUCUGGGUUGGAUGAGAACGGCUACAGCAUGGAGAGGAUCCUGGAAUCCAACAAAGCUGUGGUCACCUUCAGCAGCCCUGCAGAUGUGGAGAGAUUCCUCUCUGUAAGUCAGAGCAGCACAAAGAUGAAGAAACAAGGACUGACUGCUCGGCCUUUGGAGGCAGCUACGAACAUCCGAGUAGAGAGUCUUCCUCCGACUGUGGUGAAAGACAUGCUGGAGCUGUAUUUCGAGAACUGGAAUCUGCCAGACAAUAUCAUCAUGAUUCCGGCUGAACAGGCUGCCAUCAUCACAUUCAGCGACCCUAAAGUUGUGGAAAAGAUUUGCAUAAAAAAAGACCUCGAGAUCAAGUCUGUCACGGUGAAAGUGUAUCCAUACUACAAGUCACUGGGAACCGCCUUGUACGGCAAAGAACGACCAACAUGGAAGAUGCCUGACCCCUUCACACAGCAUGUUCACCACGUUAUCUGGAAAUUCCUUGUGGAGAAGAAACUAUCAGAACACAUCAAUGAUCAGAUGCGUCCACAUUUCUGCAGAGUGGAUUUAAAUCACCCCAACGUGAAACUCAGCCCUGUGCCAGAGUUUUUGAGGCAGCAAGGUCUGACUGCAGAACAUGUAGAUAACUGGAUGAAUAAGGCCCAACAUGCCUUCCAUCGCCUGAUGUCUCAGUACACAGCAUUCAUAUGUCAAGCAAAUGCGCAGGGAUGGACAGCUGCAGAGAAAGAUGUCCGUUCAAUUGUGAAAGAAGAUGCCAUCCUGGUGCUGGAUGCAUCACAAGGGGUUUUGACUGUUGCUGGCCGAGCUGAUAGAUUAAAGAAAAUCAAGGCUCCUGUGGAGAAGAUCCUUCUUAAAGCAAUGGGUCACAUUGAACGACAGACAAACAGCAUCUCUGAGGAAAUGAUUUUGUCCCCUGCAAUGUUUUACAUUCUGAACCAGGAGGGGCUCCACAAUGCUGCUCUGAAUGUUUCUCCUGAGAUGAAACUCUCUUAUGAUGAAGGCACCCAGAAGUUGACAAUUAGAGGACUACCUGCAGAGGUCUACAAGACCAAGUCAUGGAUCUCUGAGAAGAUAAUGAAUAUGAGUAAGAAACAUCAGAGUGUCCCCCCAUGUCUUCUAGACUUUCUCAGAAAAUUGGAUCCCAUGGACUUGUCCCAGGAUUUGUUCACAUCUCAAGGCAUCAGUGCAAUCUACACCAUCGACAACAAAAGUGUUCUCCUGUUCGGGAGUUCUGACAGAGCCCUUGUUGAUGCAGAAAGUAAGAUGAAGACUGCUUUGGCUCAUCAGAUUGUAGAAGUGGAAGACCAAAAAGUUCUAAAACUUCCCACCUGGGGCCACCUGAAGCAAAAGCUGCUGGAUACCUACAACUUAUCAAAGAAAAAAAAGACUGUGGCCAUUGAGAUGCAUCCACAAAGAAGAGAUAAAAUAACAGUGGCUGGUUUUGUGGAUCCAGUGAAAGAGGUCAGCCAGAGUCUGAGGGAGUUUAUUGCAAGCAAUUCACAAGUCCAAGAAAUCCUUCGUCUCCAAUUCUGUGCUGUUGUUUUGUUUAUUAAAAAGAAGAAAUCAAAGGAAUGGUCCAGUAUCGUUAAAGAUAAUGAUGUAUCAGUAAGGUUUUAUGUACAGAAGCAGAGCAUCAGCAUCCUUGGUGCCCGUCUUAAUGUCCAGAAAGCCAAAUCCUGCUUUAUGGAACUGGCCAGUGCUCUCUUUACUGACACCUUAACUGUGGACAAGCCCGGAGCAAAGAAAUACUUCCAAAACCAAGGAAAAAUGUUACUGUCUACAUUAAUGAAUGAGAUAAGAUGUGCGGUCUUCCUUCGUCCAGAGAUUGAAGAAGAUGAAGAAGAAGAAGCAGAGAAUUAUGAAGAAGAAACUAACUUUUGUUAUUGUAAAGUGCAGACCAACAGUGGAGUACUGAUUUCUGUCAGUAAGGUGGACAUCUGCAGCUUUGGUGUGGACGCUGUGGUCAAUGCAGCUAAUGAGGACUUAGACCACAUUGGUGGCCUGGCUUUGGCACUGCUAAAGGCUGCAGGACCACAGCUGCAGAGAGAAAGCAGCGACUACGUCGCUAAAAAUGGACGUCUACGUCCUGGUGACGCCAUCAUAACAGAUGCCUACAACCUGCCUUGCAAACAUGUUGUCCAUGCAGUUGGUCCACGAUUCUCUGACUUUGACAAGAAGACAGCAGUGUCACGCCUGAAGACUGCCGUUAGAGAAAGUCUGAGACAAGCAGAGAUGGCCAACUGCUCCAGCAUUGCACUGCCAGCGAUCAGCUCGGGCAUCUUUGGUUUCCCCGUUGACCUCUGUGCUGAGACCAUAGCCCAGGCAGUUCGGGAGCACUGUGACAGCCCACAAGGUCUGAGAUCAUUAACUGAGAUUCACCUGGUGGACAACAACGAUACGACCGUCAGAGUCAUGGCUACAGCUGUGAGCAAGGAGUUCUCAGACCUCCGACCUACCAUGACCAUCCCACAGCAAGCAGGCGGGAAACGAACAGGAGUUUCAGGGUUGGAGCAGACCACAGCUAAGGGCCUAAAGAUCAUUCUAUGCAAGGGAAACAUUCAGGACCAGACUACUGAUGCCAUUGUCAACACCAUCUCAGAGGACAUGAACCUGAACCAGGGCGCUGUGUCCAAAGCCAUCCUGUCAGCGGCUGGGAGCAGCCUGCAGGACGCCAUCUACUCUGCAGCCACAGGGUCCAAGUUGCCAUCCGGCAAUGUCGUCGUCACAGACGGCUACAACCUCACAUGCCAGAAAGUCUUUCAUGCCGUUUGUCCAUCAUGGGACAAUGGAGGUGGCAAAGCAGAGGAGGAGUUAACGUCCAUCAUCAGAUACUGUCUGGAGGAGGCUGAGAAACGCCAGAUGGCAUCACUGUCCUUUCCAGCCAUCGGGACAGGAAACCUGAGCUUCCCCAGAGCCCUGGUGUCCAAACUCCUGCUGAGAGAGAUCCGCUCGUACAGCAGCAGCAGAAAUCCUCGCUGUCUGAGAGAGGUGGUCAUCGUCGUUCACCCCAGUGACAGCCAAACCGUGGAUUGUUUCACCAGAGGGUUCACCGCUCAGGGGAACGUCCAACAUGAAGCACGUGGUUUUCAUGAGGUACCAGCUCAACAGGCUGUCGACCAAUCACAGCGCUCCUCAGCCUCCUCUCUCCCAGUCUUGCCCCCCUCCCUCGGUGUGUACCAGAAGCAGAUCGGUCAACUUACCCUUGAGGUGUCAUCAGGUGACAUCACCAAAGAGUCCACUGAUGUUAUUGUGAACUCGUCCAAUCAGAACUUUAGCCUUAAAGCAGGAGUGUCCAAGGCAAUCUUAGACGGUGCUGGAGUAACAGUUGAGCAGGAGUGCGCUCAGCUUGUGAGUUCCACAGCUCAGCCUCCUGCAAUGAUCCUGACAUCAGCCGGGCAGCUGCCCAGCAGGAACAUCGUCCACGUCGUCGGCCAGAACGACCCUGCAAGCAUUAAAAACACGGUUUACUCGGUGCUGAAGGUCUGCGAGGAGAACAAGUUCAGCUCUGUCGCCUUCCCAGCCCUGGGAACAGGUCAGGGAGGGGUCAGCCCUUCAACAGUGGCUGAUGCCAUGGUUGAUGCAGUGAUGGAGUUUGUGGAGAAGAAACAGCCGAGUUUUGUUCAGAGUGUGAGGAUCCUGAUCUUCCAGACAACCAUGUUGACAGAGUUUCACACGAGAAUGGAAAAGAGACAAGGAGAGGUGGUGGAGGAGAAGACUGUUGUUGACAAAACUGAAGAAAAAAUCAGUGCUUCUGACUUGGUCUUGAAGAGGGAGGAGUUUGAGCCCAUAGUGCUUCAGCUGUGUGCCGAUAACCACAAGGCAGCGAGUCAGGCCAAGAAGAGGAUUAUUGAGGAGAUUCGGACUGAGCAGGCACAGAAAACCAUCUCUGACCCCUGCAUUAGUCAGCUGUCACAGGCUGACAUGGAAAAGCUGAAGGCUCUGCAGAGAGAACUGACAGUCAGCAUCCGCCUGGACAAAGGAGCAGAGGACCAGGACCCGGAGAUCCACCUGGAGGGUCUGACCAGAGAUGUCUACACUGCUGAGUCUGCAGUCAGGGACAUCAUCCGUAAGGUGGAGCGGGCGGAGGCCUUGAUGAAAAAGGCCUUGGAGAUGAGUGAGCAGGUGGAAUGGCGAUUUAAGGACCAUAAUGGGUCAAUGGUGGCCUUUGACUUGAACACCAACCUCACCCUCGAGGAAGCUUUCAAGACUAAACAAAAAGCAAAGAUCAAGAUCAACAAUGACGCGUACACCGCCGACCCAGAGCCUGUUUCAGGUACCAGCGCUCUGCCUUUGCCUUCUUGUUGGGAGGACAUGAAGGGCGACCUGCUGAAGUUGUUUGCUGUGGCUCCAGCAUCUAAUGAAUACAACGAUGUGAAGAAGGAACUGACGAAGACCGGACUCAACCUCAACAUCAUCAGUAUCGAACGAGUCCAAAAUCCGUCACUGUGGCAGAACUACCAGAUCAUGAAGAAACAAAUGGAGGUGAAGAAAAAACCAAACAAUGAACUGCUUCUGUUUCACGGCACCACUGACACCUCCAUCCAUCUGAUCAACAAACAAGGCUUCAACCGCAGCUACGCAGGAAAAAAUGGUGCAAUGUACGGAAAUGGCUCUUACUUUGCUGCGGACCCUUGCUAUUCAGCAAGAAACUACGCAACGCCCGACACCAGCGGACACAAGCACAUGUACCAGGCCAGAGUUCUAGUUGGAGACUACACCCAAGGACAACCAGGCAUGAUCACCCCUCCUCCCAAAUCUGGGAGUGACUCAGACCUGUAUGACAGCGUCACAAAUAACACUGCCAAACCAACCAUGUUUGUGGUCUUCAAUGAUAUCCAGGCCUACCCAGAAUACCUCAUCACAUUUACAUAAAGAGCCAUGCUCCUACUGUGCAA